AUGCAAGUGGCCAAUGAACGCCGUCGGGAAUAUCUAUCAGCUGAGGAGGAUCUGGACGGCCUGCCGCUGCCGCCGAUGUCCAGAGGCCCCCCGCUGAUCGGGGACUUCUUCAAAUUCGCGACCGGUCCCACGCAGUUCGCCUUGGGCCUGGUGGACGAGCUGGGCCCCGUUUGCCGGUGCAAGCUCUUCGGCUUCGACUGCGUGUUCAUCUCCGGGCAGGACAACCUGAGGCGGGUGCUGCAGGAGGAGGCGGACCUGCUGGAGAUGGUGGUGAGCAAGGCGCAGCGGUUCCUGAUGGGGCCCAGCAGCCUGGGGGUGCUGGACGGGGCCGAGCAUGCGCGGGUGCGGAGGCUCACCUACCCCAGCUUCACCCUGGACGCUCUCUGCACGCACAUCCCGGACAUUCAGGCUGCAGCAAUGGACUUCUUUUCCAAGUGGGCCAAACAGCCAUCCAUAAAAUUUUCAGAGGAGGUGAAGCGGUUCACCUUAUGUGUCAUCAGCCAUGCUAUCAUUGGGCUGGAUGUGGCUAUUGGGGAAGACCAGCUAGUGAAAGAUUUCCAGAGCUACUUUGAUGGCCUGUUUUCAUUCGGCAUCAAUCUGGGGCCACUCACGAAAUAUGGCAGAGCGGUGGGUGCAAAGGUGCGGCUGGUGCAGUCAGUUAAUCAGGGACUAGAGGAAGGGAAGAGGGCAUUGGGGGGACAUGGAGGAGGGCACGAGGGACCCAAACUGUUGGAGAAACUGCAGACGUUUCAAGAUCCAGAGACGGGCGAGCGGCUCACCGAGGACGAAAUACGCGACCACGUGCUGUUCCUGAUGCUCGCGGGCUACAACACCACCGCGGAUACCCUCACCCACCUCUUGCUUCAGCUUGGACGCAAUCCCGAGAUACUGACGAGGCUGCGGGAGGAGCAGGCGGCCGUCAUGGCUGCCCACGGCCCAUACAUGGGCCCAGAGGCCUUGGAGGCGAUGACCUAUGCGGAGGCGUGCGUGAAGGAGGUCCUGAGAGUUACGCCACCCGUUUUGUUUCCGCUGCGCAAGGUGGCGAGGGAGUUUGAGAUGGAGGGCGUGAGGGUGCCCGUCGGGUGGACGGCCUUUCCGCUGAUCGGCCACGCCACCCAGUUCGAGGACGGAAGGUGGACUGGGCAGCAAGAUACCUACAACCCCAACAGGUUCCUCACAGAGGAUGGUCGCAAGCCAGGAGCGUGGAUGCCCUUCGGUCUGGGGCCCCACACGUGCCUAGGCAGGAGCCUGGCCAUCAUGGAGUCCAAGAUUUUUCUGGCCACUCUGGCCAGACACUUCGACAUAUCAAUCGAGAAUCUGUACCCAGAAUUUGGCUUGCCUCCGUCAAAUGACCCGAAAGACGGGAUGCCGGUCGCCGUCACACGUCACAUCGUCAAAUGA